UCUGUCGCGCUGUUCGUAGCCGCCCGCCGGAGCCGUCUCACAAGGAUGGAUUUCAGCCUGCUCCGGAACAUCAUCAGCAGAUACUGUGCAGGGGAGGAGAACUGGGUGGACAGUCGGACGGUGUAUAUCGGCCAUAAAGAACCCCCUCCGGGAGCCGAGGCCUACAUCCCUCAGCGUUAUCCUGACAACCGCAUCGUCUCCUCCAAGUACACCUUUUGGAACUUCAUUCCCAAGAACUUGUUUGAGCAGUUCAGAAGAAUCGCCAACUUCUACUUCUUGCUCAUAUUUCUGGUCCAGCUUAUCAUCGACACCCCCACCAGCCCAGUCACCAGCGGCCUGCCCCUCUUCUUUGUUAUCACCGUCACCGCCAUAAAACAGGGCUACGAAGACUGGCUGAGACACAAAGCCGACUGCUCCAUAAACGAGUGUCCGGUGGAUGUGGUGCAGCAGGGGAAGGCGGUGAGGACGCAGAGUCACAAACUACGGGUGGGCGACAUUGUCAUGGUGAGAGAGGACGACACUUUCCCAUGUGACCUCAUCUUCCUCUCCUCCAGCCGAGACGACGGCACCUGCUACGUCACCACCACCAGCCUCGACGGAGAGUCGAGUCACAAGACCUAUUACGCUGUACCAGAUACCAUGGCCUUUAAAACGGAGCAGGAGGUGGAUUCAUUACAUGCCACUAUUGAAUGUGAACAACCGCAGCCUGACCUCUACAAAUUUGUGGGACGCAUCAACAUUUACAAGGACAAAGAGGAGCCUGUGUCUAGAACACUUGGAGCUGAGAACUUACUUCUAAGGGGAGCCACGCUGAAGAAUACCCAGCAUAUAUAUGCUGUUGCAGUUUACACUGGCAUGGAGACCAAGAUGGCACUUAAUUACCAGUCUAAAUCUCAGAAGCGCUCGGCUGUUGAGAAGUCGAUGAACGCCUUCCUGAUUGUGUACUUGUGCAUCUUGAUCAGUAAAGCUUUGAUCAACACUGUCCUAAAGUACGCCUGGCAGUGGUCCCCUGACCGGGAUGAACCCUGGUACAACCACAGGACUGAGCACGAGCGCCAGCGCCACGUGGUGAUCCGAGCCUUUACAGACUUCCUGGCCUUCAUGGUCCUGUUUAAUUACAUCAUCCCGGUGUCCAUGUAUGUCACUGUGGAGAUGCAGAAGUUUCUUGGAUCUUAUUUCAUCACCUGGGAUGAGGAGAUGUUCGACGAAGAGCUAGGGCAGGGAGCCCAAGUGAACACGUCCGACCUGAACGAAGAGCUGGGACAGGUGGAGUACGUGUUUACUGAUAAGACCGGCACGCUGACCGAGAACAACAUGGAGUUUAUCGAAUGCUGCGUUGACGGCAAUGUCUACAUCCCGCACGCCAUCUGUAACGGCCAAAUCCUCAGCGCUGCCUCCAGCAUAGACAUGAUCGACUCCUCACCUGGAGGCUACAGGAGAGAGUACGAGGAUCUGUUUUUCCGGGCGCUGUGUCUCUGUCACACGGUCCAGGUGAAGGAGGAGGAGACGGUGGACGGCAUCAAGAGGGGCAUCCAUCAGGGCAGGCCCACAUCCUUCUACAUUUCCUCGUCGCCGGAUGAAGUAGCUUUGGUGGAAGGAAUGAAAAGACUGGGGUACACCUAUCUGAGGCUGAAGGACAACCACAUGGAGAUCCUCAACAAAGACGACGAGAUCGAAAGGUUUGAGCUGCUACACGUGCUGAACUUCGACUCUGUCAGGAGGAGAAUGAGCGUCAUAGUAAAGACAGUCUCAGGAGAGUACCUGCUGUUCUGCAAAGGUGCAGACUCAUCCAUUUUUCCUCGAGUUGUAUCCGGAAAGGUGGAGCAAGUUAAAGCGCACGUGGAGCAGAACGCUGUAGAGGGGCUGCGGACUCUGUGCGUCGCCUACCGGAGGCUGUCGGAGUCUGAGUACCGGGAAGCGUGUCAUCACCUGACGGAAGCCAUGCUGGCCCUGCAGGACAGGGAGCAGCGGCUGGCCCAGGCCUAUGACGUCAUCGAGAGGGAUUUUGUCCUCCUGGGUGCUACAGCGGUGGAGGACAGGCUGCAGGAGAAAGCCGCGGACACCAUCGAGUCGCUGCACAAGGCCGGCAUCAAAGUCUGGGUCCUCACGGGAGACAAGAUGGAGACGGCCGCUGCCACGUGCUACGCCAGCAAGCUUUUCCGUCGCAGCACCCAGAUCCUCGAGCUGACCAAGAAGCGCACCAAAGAGCAGAGCCUGCACGACGUUCUGUUCGAGCUGAACAGGACGGUUCUGAGGCAACGCUCCAUAUCCGGGUUGUCCGUAGAUUGCCUCGACUUUGGCCUGAUUAUCGAUGGGGCAACUCUCUCUGCAGUAUUAAAACCCACCCAAGAGGUUUCUGGCCAUGGGAACUACAGAGAGAUCUUUCUUGAAAUAUGUCGCAACUGCAGCGCCGUCCUCUGCUGUCGCAUGGCCCCGCUGCAGAAAGCCCAGAUUGUGAAGCUGAUUAAAUUGUCCAAGGAGCACCCCAUAACCCUCGCUAUUGGCGAUGGAGCGAACGAUGUCAGCAUGAUCUUAGAGGCACAUGUUGGCAUCGGCAUCAUGGGUAAAGAGGGCCGACAGGCAGCCAGAAACAGUGACUAUGCCAUCCCAAAAUUUAAACACCUAAAGAAGAUGCUACUGGUCCACGGCCACUACUACUACAUCCGAAUCGCGGAGCUUGUUCAGUACUUCUUCUACAAGAAUGUGUGCUUCAUCUUCCCUCAGUUCCUCUAUCAAUUCUUCUGCGGGUUCUCACAGCAGCCUCUGUACGACACAGCGUACCUGACGCUGUACAACAUCAGCUUCACCUCCCUCCCGAUCCUCCUGUACAGCCUGGUCGAGCAGCACGUGACCAUUGACGCGCUGAAGAGGGAGCCCUCGCUGUACAGGGACAUCGCGAAGAACUCCCUCCUGCGCUGGCCCGUGUUCCUCUACUGGACGUGCCUGGGUUUGUUCGACGCCGUCACCUUCUUCUUUGGUGCCUACUUCCUCUUCGACAACACCACCUUCACCAGCAACGGCCAGCUUAUGACCACCAACACACAGAUGAUGUUCGGAAACUGGACGUUUGGGACUCUCAUCUUUACUGUUCUGGUUUUCACCGUAACGCUCAAGCUCGCCCUGGACACACGUCACUGGACAUGGAUCAACCACUUCGUCAUCUGGGGCUCGCUGCUUUUCUACGUCAUUUUCUCUCUUCUCUGGGGCGGCAUCAUUUGGCCCUUCCUGAACUACCAGAGGAUGUACUACGUGUUCAUGCAGAUGUUGUCCAGUGGUCCGGCUUGGCUCAGCAUCAUCCUCCUCAUUACUGUCAGCCUGCUGCCGGAUGUCAUUAAGAAGGUCCUCUGCAGGGCCAUUUGUCCAACAGCUACUGAGCGUGCACAGGUCCAGGAGAAGCUGCUGCCUGGUGGCGUGGGUGAGCCGACCCCGCUGUCCUUUCGCCGAUCCUACAAAGGCAGGAGCGCGGACUCCACCCUCCUCCACCUCGGCGCUGGGGAAACCAUCUCCCUCAGCAGCUCCGGCCCUCUGGCCCAGAAACUCCUGACUCACCUGGCAGAGGGAGGAGGGUCCGACCUGUCCUCUCUCAGCCCCUACAUGCUUCGUCUCUCAGGGGCGGGCUUCGCCUACUGCGCUCCUGGACCGGAGACCCCUGUGUGAAAAAAAAACAAACAAACAAACCAACAAACAAAAAAACAAAAAAAACAUCUGAAGAUGUGUCAUUAAGCUCUCCGUCGCAAGGAUCAAGAAUUUAGUGAACACCCAAUAAAAGCAUGGGCUCUCCAUGUUCAUUUCAUCGUGUGCAUUCGGGCUCCACCGGAGUGGGGAACCUUUUUACAUAACAGUGCCCUGAUUUUUUUUUUCUAAUUUUUUUUUGUCUUGGCCUGAGUCACGUUAACGCUCAGAAUCCGAACAGUUUCAGAACUAAAGGGGAACCUUGACGAACUGUCCUUUUUGUUUUAUUGUUGUUGCUUUUGUUUUUUUAACUCACCCUCGUUUUUAUUCACGUCAUUGCCUCCCCCUCCUCCACUUUUCAUGCCGUUUAUGUUUUUUUUGUAAACACUUGUUUGAAAAAAAUCAUUCUUUAACACUCUGGCCAAGUAAUGGGGGGGGGGGGGGUCGUCGUCCUACUCAGCCCUUUAGGUAUGCGUGCGUGUGCAUGUGCUCUGUACGCAUGCGAUUGCCUGUUUGUUUUUUUUCUUUUUCUAUGUUUGUAUGUGACACCCCUUUUACACCUUUGCCUUACAGGUGCGCAGCAGACGUGGGAGCUAAAGGGGACGGUGUGAAAAAGGAGUCGGUGUUUUACACGGCCUUACGCAGACACAGACACACACACACACGUUCAUCAGUUUUACAGUGCCUUACAAAGCUGUCCGUAGCCACUGGACUUUUUCACAUUUUGUGACGUUACAAACACAAGCUUCGAUGUGUCUGUUGGGGGCUUUAUGUGAUAGACCAACACAACAUGGCAAAUUUAUUUUAAUUUUUCUGUUUUAUCAUAAAAAAUUCAGUCAUGUACAUUUAUUUUGCCCCUUUAUACUAAGACCGCUAUAUAAGGCUGAUUGCAGCCAACUGGGUCAAAUAAUUGGUAAAUAUAUUCCACUUGCUUGUAAUUUAAUCUCAGUACAAAUCCUCAGGUGUUAGUGAACUGACAGCAUUGUGAAGACCAAACAAAACAUGUUCAUGUGUGAGACUGAGACAGACAAAGUCCAGACCUACACACCAAAAACAUGGGGCAAGACUUGAAAAUGUGAGGUUCAAAGACACUUUCCAUCCAAUCUGUCCGAACGCAAGCUAUUUUGCAAAGAAGAAUGAGUAAAAAUGUCAGCCUUUAGAUGUCGGAAAGCUGGUAGAGCCAUACCCCAAAGACGUGCAGUUGUACCAGAAGGUGGUCCUGCACAUUAUUAACUCCAGGAUGAUUGAUAUAUAUAUACACACUCCUGACUUCUCUGAUAUGGUUUUGAUAAAAAAAAGUUAACUUUUCUUUCUACUUCAGGUAUUCACUUCUUUGUGUUGGUUUGCCACAUAUAAAAUCCCAAUAAAAAACAUUUAAAUUUGUUGUUGCAUCGUGCCAAAAAAGUGAAACAAGUUCAAGGGUAAUGAAUGAUUUUGCAAGGCACCGUAAGGAGAGAUGAAGAGACACUCAAGAGGGAAGUGCAGUAUUUUAGCCACCCUGCCUUAAUCCAUAGACACCAUCUUCAGUCGGUCGGUUCAAACACAUUUAUGAAAGUACAAGGAUAUUCACAGGGAAUACACAUCUGUUGCAGUGUCUGUUAUCCUCCCCCGGCUUCUUUCUGCGGUCCCAAUCGUGUCGCCCGCCAUUUGUUUCAUAUAUCUUGUCAGCGUAGCAUGUUGAAUUGUCACUGCAUGCUGUACUAUUCUUCUGUAUCACUGGUUGUUGCAGACAUAACUCAUCAGGAAACAUAGCAAGUCACUUUUUCACUGAUCAGUGAGCAUGCCCUCUGCUGCCACCGUGUGGCCAAAAGAGGUAAUAGUCUGGAAGUAACGCGGUUAAUGGAUGUUGCUAUCCCUCACUGUCGCAUUGUGCUUGUGUAUCUGCUGCCAUGAUAUGUGUGAUGCAAAAUGUCAACGUCAGAAUGCUAAUGCUAGCUAGCUAUGAUAUUAUGGGUUGUCUCCGUGUGGCAUUAACUGUUUUUACUUUCCUGUUAUGCUAUAGAAAACUAUUGAUGUCAGUGUUUAAAAGAAUGGAUGUAAAUGAACAAAAGGUUUUUUUGCUAUAUACAGUGUAAAGAAGGUAGAUACGGUUUACGGGGGAAUUGGUGGGAGACUUGAAUCGGCGACGUCACAAUCAAAAUCACCGAGAAUGUUGAACUGAUUUUUCCAUCAUGCCCUGUAUCUGACGAUUGUAGCUCAUAAUGGAGGAACCACUUUUCCACAUCUCUGACAGCAUUUCCGAAGUCCUCUUUGUCCAAAGCCCAGCUCGUCUGCUAACGUAGAAGUUCACUGACUCUGGAAGUCUUGAAUGUGACAUUCUGAAGCAUUUUUUAUACGUUUGUACAGUUUAUUUUCAUACACAUCACCAUCUGCCAACUUGUAUAGAUUUGAUAACAGGCGUUCAGUAUUUUUCUACUGGGGCACAGAUGAUUUAUUACAUUAAACGGAAAGUUUAAGUUCACACUUUCGGUUUUCAACCCAAAACCUCCAUAAGAGCCACCUUGGGUCAAGCCUUCAUGUCUUUGUGGUGGUCACUGUGCUGUUGCCAUACUUCUACAUAUUGUGCACCAGCCCUACUACAGUAAUGCUGUAAGGUUUAUUUAUUUAUUUUUAGUAUUUGAAUCUUCUAAUUUUCACCUUACUUGUCACUCUUGCGUUGUCCGGUGUGCAUAUUUUCUUCACUAGUUUUGUAUCUCAGAGAGAAGACUAUAUUUUAACUGUUAGGGUGCGUGUUGACGUUCGUAACCAAAGUGAGAGUAAAAUUUAAAUUAUUUGGUUUGUUAGAGUUACCUAUAGUCCUACACACUGCACUUUGUUUCUCAACAGAUCCGUUUUACCCUGAAGAAAAACAAGGUAUAUCGUUUGUCAACUGGAGUUUGUAGUUCACAUUUCCUCACAGCUUAUUUUUCUAAGAAGAUUGUAGUGGGUGAGAAUAAUAAUUUAAAAAAAAAGAAGUGACCAAAUGACCUGACUAGGAAUGAACUGUCUGUAGGUGCCAGCCUCUGUCUCAGUGGGUUUAUCACACCAGCCUUCUCUUGCAGAUCAGAAUGUCAAACAGCUUUUUCUAAGUCCAUCAGCACAACAGCAGGUGCUCAUUCGGUCACUCCUGAGCUUGGCAAAGGUCUGAAACAUUGACUGCUCUGCUCCCAGGAGCAUACUUCAUAUCAUAGUACCUUUAGUAUGGCACUGUUUGUAUUAACAGUUUUUGACAAAUCACUUGUUUGUUUUUUGUUUUUUUGUUUUUUUUGUUUUUGGAUAAAUAUUUCAAAAGAUCACAUGUUGACUUUUUGCCAGCCUGUCUGUAGCAAAUGAGGACAAAGCACUGUCAUUCUGCUUGUAAUAAAGAAUGAAAGAAAAUCAAA